GGCAGCGGUCGGAGCGCGCAAGGUGUUGAAAGACAGAGAAGCGAAGACAGAAACGUGGAAAGACAGAGAGAAAGACACGGAGAGAGACGUAGAAGGACAGAGACGUGGAGAGAGACACAGAGAGACAGAGACGCGGAGAGAGACACAGAGAGACAGAGACGUGGAGAGACACAGAGAGACUUGGAGAGAGACAAAGCAAGACAGGACAGGAGAACAAGGACAAGCUCAGGUAAGCCUCAGUCAGUGCUGCAGGCAGUCUGACUCGCAGUCCCUCAAGUGACUUCCAAGGAGCAUCUGUAGACAAGAAGAUGGCCCAGGUCCUGCACGUGCCUGCCCCCUUCCCAGGGACCCCUGGCCCGGCCUCCCCGCCUGCCUUCCCUGCCAAGGACCCCGACCCACCCUACUCUGUGGAGACCCCCUAUGGCUAUCGCCUGGACCUGGACUUCCUCAAGUACGUGGACGACAUCGAGAAGGGCCACACGCUGCGACGCGUGGCGGUGCAGCGCCGCCCCCGCCUGAGCUCGCUGCCCCGUGGCCCUGGCUCCUGGUGGACGUCCACUGAGUCGCUGUGCUCCAAUGCCAGUGGGGACAGCCGCCACUCAGCCUAUUCCUACUGCGGCCGUGGCUUCUAUCCUCAGUAUGGUGCUCUGGAGACCCGCGGUGGCUUCAAUCCGCGGGUGGAACGCACACUGCUGGACGCCCGUCGCCGUCUCGAGGACCAGGCGGCCACACCCGCCGGCCUGGGCUCCCUGACCCCCAGUGCGGCCGGCUCGACGGCCUCCCUGGUGGGUGUGGGGUUGCCACCCCCGACGCCACGGAGUUCGGGACUGUCCACGCCAGUGCCUCCCAGUGCCGGGCACCUGGCCCACGUGCGCGAGCAGAUGGCGGGUGCCCUGCGGAAGCUACGGCAGCUGGAGGAGCAGGUGAAGCUGAUCCCCGUGCUCCAGGUGAAGCUCUCAGUGCUCCAGGAGGAAAAGCGGCAGCUCACAGUGCAACUUAAGAGCCAGAAGUUCCUGGGCCACCCCACAGCGGGCCGGGGCCGCAGCGAGCUCUGCCUGGACCUCCCCGAUCCCCCAGAGGACCCAGUGGCACUUGAGACCCGGAGUGUGGGCACCUGGGUCCGAGAACGGGACUUGGGCAUGCCUGAUGGGGAGGCUGCUCUCACUGCCAAGGUCGCUGUGCUGGAGACCCAGCUCAAGAAGGCACUGCAGGAGCUGCAGGCAGCUCAGGCCCGGCAGGCCGACCCCCAGCCCCAGGCCUGGCCACCGCCAGACAGCCCGGUUCGCGUGGAUACCGUCCGGGUGGUAGAAGGGCCACGGGAGGUGGAGGUGGUGGCCAGCACAGCCGCUGGCACCCCUGCACAGCGGGCCCAGAGCCUGGAGCCUUAUGGGGCAGGGCUGAGGGCCCUGGCAAUGCCUGGUGGGCCUGAGAGCCCACCUGUGUUCCGCAGCCAGGAGGUGGUGGAGACGAUGUGCCCAGUGCCUGCUGCGGCUACCAGCAACGUCCAUAUGGUGAAGAAGAUUAGCAUCACAGAGCGCAGCUGUGAUGGAACGGCAGGCCUCCCACAAGUUACUGCCGAAUCGUCCUCGUCACCCCCGGGGUCCAAAGUAGCCUUCCUUACACAGCCUGAGAAGACCACAGGCCGAGAGCCUGCCCGGGACACCACCCACAGGGAGCCCACCGGGCAAGCAGCCUCCCGAGAGACCGAGGAGGCUGGGGGCGCCGGCGGGCCCCCAGCAGGCGUGCGAUCUAUCAUGAAACGGAAAGAGGAGGUUGCAGACCCCACGGCCCACCGGAGGAGCCUCCAGUUUGUGGGGGUCAACGGCGGGUAUGAGUCAUCAUCGGAGGACUCCAGCACGGCAGAGAACAUCUCAGACAACGACAGCACAGAGAACGAGGCCCCAGAGCCACGGGAGAGGGUUCCGAGUGUGGCUGAAGCCCCCCAGCUCAGGCCUGCUGGGACAGCCGUGGCCAAGACUAGCCGGCAGGAAUGCCAGCUAUCUCGAGAAUCUCAGCACAUACCCACUGCUGAGGGGGCAUCAGGAUCAAACACGGAGGAGGAGAUCAGGAUGGAGCUAAGCCCUGACCUCAUCUCAGCCUGCUUGGCCCUGGAAAAGUACCUGGACAAUCCCAACGCCCUCACGGAGCGGGAGCUGAAAGUGGCCUACACCACAGUGCUGCAGGAGUGGCUGCGCCUGGCCUGCCGCAGCGAUGCACACGCCGAGCUGGUGCGGCGGCACCUGGUCACGUUCCGGGCCAUGUCUGCGCGGCUGCUGGACUACGUGGUCAACAUCGCCGACAGCAACGGCAACACGGCGCUGCACUACUCCGUGUCUCAUGCCAACUUCCCCGUGGUGCAGCAGCUGCUCGACAGCGGUGUCUGCAAGGUGGACAAACAGAACCGUGCUGGCUACAGCCCUAUUAUGCUCACUGCUCUGGCCACCCUGAAGACCCAGGACGACAUCGAGACUGUCCUUCAGCUCUUCCGGCUUGGUGACGUCAAUGCCAAAGCCAGCCAGGCAGGACAGACGGCCCUGAUGCUGGCAGUCAGCCACGGGCGGGUGGACGUUGUCAAAGCCCUGCUGGCCUGUGAGGCAGACAUCAAUGUGCAAGAUGAUGAUGGCUCCACGGCCCUCAUGUGCGCCUGUGAGCACGGCCACAAGGAGAUUGCAGGGCUGCUGCUGGCCGUACCCAGCUGUGACAUCUCACUCACAGAUCGCGAUGGGAGCACAGCUCUGAUGGUGGCCUUGGACGCAGGGCAGAGUGAGAUUGCGUCCAUGCUGUAUUCCCGCAUGAACAUCAAAUGCUCGUUUGCCCCAAUGUCAGAUGACGAGAGCCCUACAUCAUCCUCGGCAGAAGAGUAGCUGUGAGGGAGGCGGGGGCCACCAGCCCCGGAGCAAACCGUCCCUUGUCCCCGUCUCCUCCCUGUUCCCAUUCCUCCCUGGCCCACCCCACUCACACUCCCCAAGGCCCAUGGCUGAAAGGCAAGCGAGCUUUCCCUCUGCUUCCCUGGGGGAGCCCCGACGGCCACAGGACUCCAGCUCCAAGCGGGUUUUCUUGGCUCCCCGGAUCAAAGCGGCCGCAGCGCAGACCGAAGCAAAAUUCUUGUAUACAUUGGCGCCAGGGCUGAUGCUGGGGUGUGGGUUUUAUGAAGAACAUUGAGAACAAUCAGCUGGUAAUUAUGGAUGGAGGAAGAGGGAGAGGAAAAAAAUACUGUAUUUUUGAAUCCGUGUUGCAGGAGGGGGCGGGAAUCUUAGGAUUUGUUGCCAGAUUUGAAAGUCACUGGAACUUGCAUAUUUUCAUUUUAAUCCUAAGUGUUAUUACGCACCAGUUUGGGGUUCACCCUUCAUCCCUCACAUUUAAUUGUCUGAUAUAGAAUAGUGUUAUGCCCACUGCCCCCCUCUAGACGGCUUUGUUAGGGGAAUUUUCUUCCGGUUGUUUCACGAGACAGAUCCUGGCCUUGUCACCCAGGACAGAAAACUCAGUCUUUUCACCCUCAUUCAAAUGAAGGGACUCAGGACAAGUUCUGUGACUUAACAGGGAACCAAUUCACAGUGAGAAAUUACCAGCCAGGCGUGGUGACUCACAUCUGUACUCCCAGCACUUUGGGAGGGCAAGGCAAGAGCUUGAGCCUAGACAUUCAAGACCAUAGCAACAUAGCAAGACCCAUCUCUACAAGAAAUGUGAAAAUUAGCCAGGCGUGGUGGUGCGCACCUGUAGUCCCAGCUACUUGGGAGGCUGAGCCCUGGAGGUCGAGGCUGCAGUGAGCUGUGCCAUUGCACUUCAGCCUAGGUGACACAGCGAGACCCUGUCUCCAGAAAAAAAAAAAAAAAAUUACCCAGAAACCCCUCCCUUCCCCACAUGGAGGUCUUGGCAAAUGUUAAUUUUCCUAGAAAAUCCUUCAGACCUGGAGACGAAGAAAAGAAUCUGGCUCUCAGGGUGACUUCUGUGUCCCCCUGCCAGGCCCCGGAGUAUGGUCACAGGGCCGUCCUGUUCCUCCCUGGGACUCCAGAAUUUCUCUCCUCAAAGGAAAGAAAACAGGGCAUGUGCUUGUUGGCAAAACGCAGGGCCAGCUCCCAAGAACCCCAUGUGUGCACGAUUAAAAGUUGGCCGUUCCCAGGCCUCCCGGCGCAAACUUAAAGAGACAGGGCUUUGCUGAAAACCAAACAUGGGCCAGCUGGCCUUUUUAACAACCUAGAGGCUUUCCGGAGCUGCCUGGAACAGAGCCUGCGGGAAACAGAGCUUGCCAGAGACGCUCACAGUUUCCUUCGUGGCCUGUUUUGGUCCCCCAAGAAUCUCCACAUCAUUUUCUUCCUUGUGCCUUUUCCUUGGUGAGCAACAGAAAGGGAAGGGUUCCAAGCCUCUAAAAAUGUGCCUUGUGAUCAGGAGUGUGCUCCAAACCAAAUAUGUGCGCUGCCCUUUCGAGGCCAGUGAGCUCAGCCCCCAAGGCUUUAAAAGCCACAUUUCAGCAAGAGAAAGCGCCGAGAGCUCGCAGGUUCAUUAAAGAAGGCAAAGCACUGGUUUCUCUCCUUAGAAAAGUAGGUUUCUUGGCUUGAUGUAGAUUGGCUUGCUUUGAUUUUUAGUGAAGGGAAUGUACGUAAAACAAAAUAGGGCUUGGCUGGUCAAAGGAGACAGGAAGGAAGAAAGGAAGGAUGGAUGGAUGGAUAGAUGGAUGGAUGGAUGGAUGGAUGGAUGGAUGGAUAGAUGGAUGGAUGGAUGGUAUUUUCAUGUAAAUUGCAGAGAAAACAAAACCAAAGCUGAUUGGAAACAAUGAGUUGCUGGUGUCUGAGGGGAAAGGACGCAGUUUUGGGCAGCUUUGAGAAGCGGUACAAGAGUGCUGUGCCUGUGUGUCCAUCCCUGGAGCCAGCCAGUGCAUUUAUUUUAAACUCUUAGAAGCAACUUCUUGGCCCAGGAAUGCGAGACCCCUGAGGUGGGUCCACGCGUCUCUCUACGCUUCCUUCUCUCCGUGGGAUACCGGGCUCCUGCCUCUGUGCCCAUUCUCUUCUCACGCGUAUCCAUAAGCUUUAAUUUCACUUUCUGAUCACGGUACGUCCAUAAAGCCAGUAUUACACUUAAUUGAAGUAUUCUUUUUUGUAAUCGUUUUUUAAGAAGGUAAACAAAUUUAAUAAAGCUACCAAUAAUGUUGAUGA